AUGGCGCCGGCCUCCAAGCAGAACACCAAGCCCGUGUUCAAGACGGCAUCGCCAUUCACAGACACUCGAUGGCCAGAGCUAUCGCGCGACGAUGAAGACGUCAUUCUAGAAUUGCUGUCCAAUCUCAUCACCCCACUAGGCGACUACCGCCGAACCCACAUGCACCCGUCCAGAGGCAAGAAGCGCAAGCGCGCCACCACCCAACCGGAUCAAGACGACUCCACCAUGGCUGAGACCCCGCCCCCUCGACCAGCCAUAGGCAAUCAUGUCCUCGUUGGCCUCAACAGCGUCACGCGACACCUGGAGGCCCUGGCUGCAAAGACUGCGCCGUCGACGGCACUGGCUGCAUGUCGAGAGCAAGAGCAGGAAGGCGCCAAGGCAUUGGCGCACAACGACUUGCGGCCUCUGAGCAUGGUGGUACUUAGUCACCCGAAGCCCUCGCUCUCGCCAGCCCAUGCUCACCUCCCAACGUUGGUGCAUCUAUGCAGCCUCUCUCGGCCAUGUGCUACCCCGGACUCAUGCAAGACGGCAACGCGCCUUGUCCCUCUACCCACGUCGGCCGACAGCCGGCUCGCUUCCCGGCUGCAUAUCCCCCGCGUGGGCGCCCUGGGCAUAUACGCAGACGCACCGGGGGCAAAGGCACUGGAGGACUAUGUUCGGGAGCACGUUGGCGUGACAGAGUGCAAGUGGAUCGAUGAAGCCAUGAGUGGAGAGUGGAGGGGGAUGAAUGUGAGGAAUGAGAUGGCACGUGCAAAGUAA